AGAGCGGUAAAAAAAGGAAAGAAAAGAGAAAAAAAAUAAAUAUGGGCACCGAACCCUCCCAAACCCCUACCCCCCCGCCGCCGCCGCCGCCGGCGAGCCCUCGCCGGCGCGCGCCGCAGCCGGCCACCAUCCUCAGCCCUUCCUUCUCGCGGAACCCUCUACGCGCCACCGCCGCCUCCGCCUCCGCCUCCGCCGGCCCCGUCCCCUCCCCCUCCUCCUCCUCCGACUGCGAGGAGCACCCCUGCGUGGAGCUGUUCGAUUGGUGGCUGAAGAGGGUGGAGGGGGACGACCGGAAGGUCCGCAUCGCCGGCCACACGGAAAGGAACCACAAACCCCAUCUAUUCACUUCUGCACCCAUUGUAAAACGGCAUAAGGCUUGUAUGCUUGAAGCUGAAGACAGCAUCAUAGUGUUAAUUGAUGGCCCGUUGGACCUUUCGCAAAUGGAAAAUAAUGGAUAUUCGCUUGAGGUCUGCGAAAAAUUCAUGACUGGAUUUCCAUGCUUGUGGGAGAGUUACAACUUAGGAUCUCAACAGAGCUGUUCUUACACUAGCAUUUCACGAGAUGGCCGAACUAAAUUUUAUUUGGAGCGAUUCCAGAUAGGAAACUUUAUUGAUAAAGUUGGAUCUUCUUUCCUAGCGAACCUUCUUAACAACUCAAGAAGUUCCUCAGGUAAUGAUGCUGAUUCCUUUGAAAAAGGUUCCUAUUUGUCAAACAAAAAACCAAGAUUUGAGGAAUACACCUGCGACCUUGACAUUUCAGCAAAGGAAAAGACUACUGCUUUUAACGAAGGCAGUACAGGAUCUCUAGCUGUAUGUAACAAGGUGGGUAAUCAGCAGAUAGACUUGGUCGUGAAGAGCUUUUCUAAAGAAAGGGGUCAUGGCAAUAUAGAUCUUAGUGCAUCUUUGACUUCUAUAGAAGAAACUACUAGGGACAAAACUUCUGAAGAUGCAGGGAAUCAGAAUGAAUUUAUCCAUUCAGAUGCAGAAUAUCAGGAGGCUGGCAGCCAUCUUGUCAACUCUGAUUCAAUUUACGGUAUGUCCACUGAGUCAGGGAAUCAGAAUGAAUUUAUCCAUGCAGAUGCAGAACAUCAGGAGGUUGGCAGCCAUGUUGUCAACUCCGAUUCAAAUUUCGAUAUGUCCACUGAUAAUAUGAUCUGUGAGAUGGGAGAUGGAAGUGCUAAUGCUGGCAGUGCAGUGAGUCAGGGAUCUAAAGAGGUUUUAGCCACCGUGCUACCUGAAAGGGCUAAUCUCUCCCCAGACAGUUGUUUGGACAAUAUUCUACCCAUAAGUACAUGUAAUAGCAAUAAUUGCUUGGAAAAUCAAGGUUUCCCGGAAAUAGCUCAGCACAUGACAUUGAACGAGGAGGUAGUACCAAAUGAAGACAUUUCAACUUCAGUUCAUUCAGAUGUGGAGUCCCUGGGAAAUCCUGUAGGCCCAGCAGAGGUGCAGAGAUCAGAGUGUGACAUAUUACAGGGUGCUCCUAGAUCACCUAAGCAGAAUGUAGGCUCAGCACAGGAGCAGAGACCUGAGCAGUCCAUGUCACAAGGUGCUGCUAGAUCGCCAAUGAUCAGAACUCCAAUUCCAGAUGGUGCUCCUAGCUUGCGUAAUCAGCAUUUAGGCUCAGCACAGGAGCAGAGAUCUGAGCAUUUCAUGUUAAAGGGCGCUACUAGAUCGCCAAUGAUCAGAACUCCAAUUCCAUAUGGACAUUAUUCUCCUCUUACCCGUGGCAAGGCCAAGUCAUCAUCAGUUUCAACACCUGAAUCUCUCAAACUGAGAAGAACUAGAUCAGGUCGCGUGGUAGUUCCCACAUUGGAUCCUGGAUGCCAAAGGAUCGUCUAUGACAGAGACGGUUUGGUUUCAGGUGUGGCUGGCUUAGAGUUUGAAUCACCACCUCUCAAAGGGAACGAGUCAAGGACUCCUGAGAGCAAGAGAAGGGUCCGUUGAGCAACUUCCAUAGCCUGCGCAUCGAUUAUAUCCUCUUUGAAAAUGUGGGCUCCAUUCUGCAUUUUUGAUGAUCUAUCUGGAAUCCGCUCGGUAUAGGAUGAGGAUGGUGGAUUUUGUAUAUACGCCUGGCAGUUUAGCUUGCAGAUAAUUGUUGUUUGGUAGCUGAUUGUAGGCCUUGGUAUGGACCAAUGUUGCUAGUUUCGAAAUGACCAAUGUUGCUGGUUUCAUGUCAGCACUUGCAGCACCUCUUCACCUCUAUGGUGGCCAUCAACAUUAACUAGCUAGCUAGUUUGUUCUGCAUCACCAGUCGCAGGUGUCUGAUACAGCUAAUGUAUUUUGAUUCCUGGAACUGUGCUAUCCACACCAAUAUAAGACCCAUUGAGUCUCUA